AUGUUGUAUAAUACUGCAGGUACGUCUCCCGGGAACAGAGUGACGUCGAUGACGGAUAUCCGAGAGCAGAACGACGAGACGAACGUAAUCCGGAGAUUGGCGCUGUAUCUGAGGCCCGGCAAGUAUUGGCGGGGCGUCAGAUACUUGGACAAAAUGAACAAGUAUUACGCGGCCGGCGACGCGAAAAGUUUCUUGGAGUACAUGUCGAAAUACUUAAGGGCGGUGGUCCGGCGGACGGACGACGUGGCCAGAUAUCGCGCCAUGAAGACGAUCGACGAGUGUUACGGGAAGUAUAUGUCGUCAGCAAUCUCUAUUCUGACCCCCGACCGAUAG